AUGGCGGCCGCAAAGAGACCGAAUUUCCUUGUCAUCGUGGCCGAUGACCUCGGCUUCAGCGACACUUCGCCGUUUGGCGGCGAGAUAGACACGCCACAUCUGAUGAAGAUGGCCAUGGAGGGCCUUCGGCUAACCAAUUUUCACACAGCCGCAUCAUGUUCUCCCACUAGAGCGAUGCUGCUUUCAGGCACCGAUGCUCACAUUGCCGGCCUGGGAGCAAUGGCUGAACGAAUGAAGAGAUUUCCUCAUCUCUUCGAAAACAGGCCCGGCUAUGAAGGUUAUCUGAAUUAUCGAGUAACUGCAAUGCCAGAGAUCCUCCAGGAUAAUGGUUACCAUACAAUCAUGUCAGGGAAAUGGCAUCUCGGCCUGACAAAAGAUGUCGCACCCUGCUCCCGGGGAUUUACCAAAGUCCUUGCCACCCUCCCUGGUGCUGGCAACCACUUCAAUCACGAACCUCAACUCUAUGAUACAACAGAGAAACCACGUGCUCUACUGAAGGGCAAAGGCCUCUGGAUGGAGCAUGACGACUUUAUUGAUGGCCUGGGCGACCUUCCCAAGGACUUCUAUUCUUCUAACACAUUCACGGAUUACUUUCUCAAAUACAUGUCUGAUCGAACGGAUGAAGAAAAAGAAAAGCCUUUUUUCGGCUAUCUCGCCUUUACUGCUCCGCACUGGCCACUUCAAGCGCCAGCAGAGUCCGUGAAGAAAUAUAACGGCUGCUACGACGAUGGGCCUCUCGGACUUCGCGAGCGUCGACUCAAAUCGCUUAUCAACAACGGCCUCGUUCCCAGUGAUGUUGAGCCCGCCCCGUUACACUAUCUCAAUACAACACCGUGGGCUGAUCUCGAUGAGCACGAAAAAGCCAAGUCUUGUCGUGCUAUGGAAAUAUUCGCUGCCAUGGUUGACCUGAUCGAUGUUAACAUCGGGCGUGUUCUUGAGCAUCUUAAGUCAACCGACGAACUCGACAAUACUCUCAUGAUCUUCAUGUCCGACAACGGAGCCGAAGGGCAGUUGCUAGAGGCGAUCCCCAUUCUGGCUGGUGCCACGUUAUCAGAUGUGAUCAAGAAGUAUUAUGACAAUUCCCUCGACAACAUGGGCAACCACAACUCCUUCGUCUGGUACGGACCGCAGUGGGCUAGUGCCGCAACAGCACCUUGCAGGGCGGCCAAAUCGUAUACUACUGAAGGUGGAAUCAGGUGUCCAUGCAUCGUCAGAUAUCCCCCAGGUGUGCAAGAACAAAGAAAAGGAGGGAUCGACAACACGUUCACGACCGUCAUGGAUUUGUUACCAACAAUGCUCGACCUGGCUGGAAUAAAGCAUCCUGCACCCGCAUUCCGCGGCCGCGAAGUUGCUCCCCUUCGUGGUAAGACUUGGGUGCCACUUUUGUCCGCCGCUACCAACAAUUCUGUCUCUAUCUACAGCAGCGAAAGGGACAUCGUGGGUUGGGAACAGCUCGGUAUCGCCGCAGUACGGCUUGGACACUGGAAGGCGCUCUUCCUACCUCCUCCACGUGGACCUGGAAAAUGGGAACUCUAUGACUUGAGCAAAGACUUGGGCGAGGUGAACGAUUUGUCUGAGAAGAUGCCAGAGAAACUAGCGGAGAUGAUAGGACAUUAUGAGACGUAUUUCCAAGAGACCGGCAUGUUUGAUGCGUAUGAGAUGUUUCAGAGCGAGCUGGCAAAGGAAAACAAGAGAGGGAAAUUCUGGUGA